UGUGUCUGCACAGUUCCUGAUCUGGUGACACUGGUUUUGUUUUUAAACUGUGGAUUCAAGGAACCUCGCGGCAAUCAUUUUCUAAAGCUCUUGCGAUGUGAAAGUGAUUGACUGCUUAUUCUUUCGUGCAGUGUGGGCAUGGCUGGCUAUUAAUUGCCCUUGGGGCAGUUAAGAGUCACAAACAUUGCAGUAGGUCUGAAGUGAUGUGGAGGCCAGACCAGUGCAGAUUAACCUUGCCGGGUUUUAAUCGAACCUAGCCAUGACGACGCAUGUCACCCUGGAGGAUGCUCUGUCCAAUGUGGACCUUCUGGAGGAGUUACCUCUCCCUGACCAGCAACCAUGCAUCGAACCACCUCCCUCCUCCAUCAUGUACCAGGCGAACUUUGACACCAACUUUGAAGACAGGAAUGCAUUUGUUACUGGGAUCGCCAGGUACAUCGAACAGGCCACAGUACACUCGAGCAUGAAUGAGAUGCUGGAGGAGGGACAUGAAUACGCAGUGAUGCUGUACACCUGGAGGAGCUGCUCACGAGCUAUUCCACAGGUCAAGUGCAAUGAGCAACCAAACCGUGUGGAGAUUUACGAAAAGACAGUCGAGGUUCUGGAACCAGAGGUCACCAAACUGAUGAAGUUCAUGUAUUUCCAGCGCAAAGCAAUCGAGCGUUUCUGUAGCGAGGUGAAAAGGCUGUGUCACGCUGAGAGACGUAAGGACUUCGUGUCAGAGGCGUAUCUGCUGACCCUGGGCAAGUUCAUCAACAUGUUCGCUGUGCUGGACGAGCUGAAGAAUAUGAAAUGUAGCGUCAAGAAUGACCACUCGGCUUACAAGAGGGCUGCCCAGUUCCUGAGGAAAAUGGCUGACCCCCAAUCCAUCCAGGAAUCUCAGAACCUUUCCAUGUUCUUGGCAAAUCACAACAGAAUAACCCAGUGCCUGCACCAGCAGCUGGAGGUGAUCCCUGGUUAUGAGGAACUCCUGGCUGAUAUCGUCAAUAUCUGCGUCGAUUACUACGAGAAUCGAAUGUACCUGACCCCCAGCGAGAAACACAUGCUGCUGAAGGUGAUGGGCUUCGGACUGUAUCUGAUGGAUGGAAAUGUGAGCAAUAUCUACAAACUGGACACCAAGAAACGGAUAAACCUCAGUAAAAUCGACAAGUUCUUCCGGCAGCUGCAAGUGGUGCCGUUGUUCGGGGAUAUGCAGAUAGAAUUGGCCAGAUACAUUAAGACCAGUGCUCACUAUGAGGAGAACAAAUCCAAGUGGACGUGUACACAGAGUAGUAGCAGCCCCCAGUAUAAUAUCUGUGAGCAGAUGGUGCAGAUCCGGGAUGACCACAUUCGUUUCAUCUCUGAGCUCGCGCGCUACAGUAACAGCGAGGUUGUGACAGGAUCAGGAUUGGACAGCCAGAAGUCAGAUGAAGAAUACCGAGAGCUGUUUGACUUGGCAUUGCGAGGCCUUCAGCUCCUCUCGAAGUGGAGUACUCACGUCAUGGAAGUGUAUUCCUGGAAGUUGGUUCAUCCCACGGAUAAAUUCUGUAACAAGGAUUGUCCGGGCACUGCCGAAGAGUAUGAAAGGGCGACUCGCUAUAACUACACGAGUGAGGAGAAAUUUGCACUGGUUGAGGUGAUCGCAAUGAUUAAAGGGCUGCAGGUGCUGAUGGGCCGUAUGGAGAGCGUCUUUAACCAGGCCAUCCGGAAUACCAUCUACGCAGCGCUGCAGGAUUUUGCUCAGGUGACCCUGAGAGAGCCACUCCGACAGGCCACUCGCAAGAAGAAGAACGUCCUCAUCAGCGUACUUCAGGCAAUCAGGAAGACAAUCUGCGACUGGGAAAAUGGCCGGGAACCUGCCAAUGAUCCUUGUCUGAAGGGGGAUAAGGAUCCGAAAGGGGGCUUUGACAUUAAAGUGCCUCGUCGUUCAGUUGGUCCAUCAAGUACACAGUUGUAUAUGGUGAGGACCAUGCUGGAGUCCCUCAUUGCUGACAAGAGUGGCUCCAAGAAGACACUACGUAGCAGCCUUGAUGGUCCAAUUGUAAUCGCUAUCGAGGACUUUCACAAACAGUCUUUCUUCCACACACACCUCCUCAACUUCAGUGAAUCGCUGCAGCAGUGCUGUGACCUGUCCCAGCUCUGGUUCCGAGAAUUCUUCCUGGAGUUGACCAUGGGCCGAAGGAUCCAGUUUCCCAUUGAGAUGUCGAUGCCGUGGAUUCUGACGGACCAUAUUCUGGAGACCAAAGAGCCCUCCAUGAUGGAAUAUGUUUUGUACCCACUGGACCUGUACAACGACAGUGCCUAUUACACUCUGACCAAGUUCAAAAAGCAGUUCCUGUAUGACGAGAUUGAAGCGGAGGUGAACCUCUGCUUUGACCAAUUUGUUUACAAGUUGGCUGAUCAAAUCUUUGCUUAUUACAAGGCGAUGGCUGGCAGCGUAUUGUUGGAUAAAAGGUUCCGGGCAGAAUGCAAGAACUAUGGAGUCAUCAUUCCCUACCCACCGUCCAAUCGCUAUGAGACGUUACUGAAACAGAGACAUGUACAGCUUUUGGGAAGGUCCAUCGACCUCAACAGACUCAUCACUCAGAGGAUCUCAGCUGCUAUGUACAAGUCUCUGGAUCACGCGAUCAGCCGAUUCGAGAGUGAGGAUUUGACGUCCGUUGUGGAAUUGGAGUGGCUGUUUGAGGUCAACCGUCUCACCCAUCGUCUCCUAUGCAAACACAUGACCCUGGACAGCUUUGACGCCAUGUUCAGGGAGGCCAAUCAUAACGUAUCUGCUCCGUACGGACGAAUCACGCUUCAUGUCUUUUGGGAACUCAACUUUGACUUCCUGCCCAACUAUUGCUACAACGGAUCAACAAAUCGGUUUGUUCGGACAGCGAUUCCCUUUACAGAUGAGCCUCAGAGGGAUAAACCAGCCAGUGUCCAGCCAUAUUACCUUUAUGGGUCAAAGCCCCUGAACAUUGCCUUCACACACAUCUACAGCGUCUUCCGCAACUUUGUGGGACCCCCUCACUUCAAGACCAUCUGCCGCUUGCUGGGCUACCAAGGUAUCGCUGUGGUGAUGGAGGAGCUCCUGAAAAUCGUCAAAAGUCUGCUACAGGGAACCAUCCUGCAGUAUGUGAAGACCUUGAUUGAGGUAAUGCCCAAGAUCUGCCGGCUGCCUCGACAUGAAUAUGGAUCCCCAGGGAUCCUUGAAUUUUUCCACCACCAGCUCAAGGACAUCAUUGAGUAUGCGGAACUGAAGACCGAUGUGUUCCAAAGUCUCAGGGAAGUUGGCAAUGCGAUCCUUUUCUGCCUGCUCAUCGAGCAAGCCUUGUCUCAAGAAGAGGUUUGUGAUCUUCUGCACGCAGCACCUUUCCAGAACAUUCUACCUAGGGUCUACAUCAAAGAGGGUGAACGAUUGGAGGUCCGAAUGAAACGUUUAGAAGCAAAAUAUGCUCCUCUGCACCUUGUUCCUUUAAUCGAAAGGCUGGGGACACCACAGAACUUUUCGCAGCGAUGGAAAGACAAUCUACCAGUCAGUCAAAUAGCCAUCGCCCGUGAAGGAGACCUGCUCACCAAGGAGCGUCUGUGCUGCGGCCUGUCCAUGUUUGAGGUGAUCCUGACCCGCAUUCGGAGCUAUCUGCAGGAUCCAGUGUGGAAGGGACCUCCUGCGACAAACGGGGUCAUGCAUGUGGAUGAGUGCGUGGAAUUCCAUCGGCUGUGGAGCGCGAUGCAGUUUGUUUACUGUAUUCCCGUCGGGACCAAUGAGUUCACGGCCGAGCAGUGCUUCGGGGAUGGUUUGAACUGGGCUGGAUGUUCGAUCAUCGUUCUCCUGGGGCAACAGCGACGUUUUGACUUGUUCGAUUUCUGUUACCACUUACUGAAGGUUCAGAGGCAGGACGGCAAGGAUGAGAUUAUAAAGAACGUGCCUCUGAAGAAGAUGGCGGACAGGAUCAGGAAGUACCAGAUCUUGAACAAUGAGAUUUUCGCCAUGUUGAACAAGUACCUCAAGUCAGUGGAGAACGACAGCUCAACGGUUGAGCACGUGCGUUGUUUCCAGCCACCGAUUCACCAAUCCCUGGCCACCACCUGCUAGAAGUGACACUGACCUUUGACCCGUGACCCUCGUUCAGGAGGAGAUCCAGAUGCAGAAGUGAGCUCAAGAGUCUUCAAGGACCCCAUUUCUGGUUCAGUUUACAGUGGUAUCUGGAUUCCCUAAUGAUCCUAACCCUCAACUACGGGUCAGAGGGGUUUAUCCCUUAACCCCUCCAUGUCACUUUAUUUCAACUGAGCCAUUUAGGGACAAAAACAAAAUUUCACUUUGGCCCCUGAGUAUUUGCAGCUAAAACUGAGCUGCCUUGUGGUGGAUAUUUGGGAGUGAGCUUAAUCUUGCUGUUAGGAGGGUUCACAUGGGAGCAACAUGAUUUAUUGGUCAAUUCUGCUGUGCGUCCUGUCCUGUACACGUACCAUACUCUCGGAUUGUUAAUGUUGUGUUAUUGUAAUCUGGUGCUCCCUAGACACCAAACCCAUGCCACCUGCUAUAUCUAAGCACUUUGCUGAGCCCUAGUGACGGUGUGACGGGAGUUCCCUGAGGGUUUUAGUGAGUAGUGUCAGAAAUUAAGAGCACAAUGUAAGUUCCCCAUGGAAGUUUAUGGUCACCUUGCCUGUCACUCCACAGAUUCUUUCCUUAAACGCCUCUGAUCUCUCGCAUAUUUGGAAGGAAGUGUUUUGGUGUGUAAGGUUACAUUUCUAUAGAUCCUAUCCCAAAGUGCUUCACAGUUAAUGGUCUAUUUCAGAAAGCCAAUUGGUGGAGGAUGGAACUGGAGCUAAUCAUUGCACAUUUAUUUAUUUACAGAGUUACAUGGUACAAGAAUACACCUAUCCUAGGAAUUUAAUUUUGGGCUUUUGUCUAGCUUCAGGGGCUCAGAAGUAUUUUUAAUCAACCUGUUUAGAGAUGUUACGACACAACUCUGGAGCAGAUGGUUAAAAAUCACACAACACCAGGUUAUAGU